AGAAAGAACAACAGCUCAAUUAUUUUCAAAACUCACUAAAAACAAGAAAAUAUUGUGAACUCACGAAUAUAAAUAGAGAAAACCGAGACCAUUUAUGCUUUACACCGAUGCGAACAAGGCUCCUCCUUUUCUCCUCGUUUUCCAAAUCCGGGCCAAUGGAGUGUGAAUCCUUUUGAGAGGCGAUAGUGGUGUAAUUUUUAGUUAUUGGAAAAUAUUAUCAAGUGUGGAAUAGCAAUGGCUCCUGGAGGAAGUGCUUUUAAAGAAGCUCUUGAAUUUCAUUCCACAGUUGCAGAUUGUGACGUUGCAAAUUCAAAAUCAGAAAAUAACAUUACACCAACAAAAGGUACUGUUGUUCUGGGUGGUGGAAAGCAUGGGGUUUAUUCAAACAAUGGUGUGCACGAGCUCCUUGAGUGUCCUGUCUGUACAAAUUUAAUGUACCCUCCAAUUCACCAGUGCCCAAAUGGACACACUUUAUGUUCAAACUGCAAGCUUAGAGUACAUAACUGUUGCCCUACUUGCCGCUAUGAUCUUGGAAAUAUACGGUGCUUGGCUUUGGAGAAAGUUGCAGAAUCAUUGGAGCUGCCCUGCAAAUUCCAGAGCUUAGGAUGCCUUGAUAUUUUCCCAUAUUACAGCAAGCUCAAGCAUGAGCAACACUGUCGAUUCCGUCCAUAUAGCUGUCCUUAUGCUGGGUCUGAGUGCUCUGUAACCGGUGACAUCCCUGCUCUUGUUUCCCAUCUCAAGGAUGAUCACAAGGUUGACAUGCAUGAUGGGUGUACCUUUAAUCAUCGUUAUGUCAAGUCAAAUCCACACGAAGUUGAAAAUGCCACAUGGAUGCUUACAGUUUUUAACUGUUUUGGAAGACAGUUCUGCUUACAUUUUGAGGCCUUCCAGCUGGGCAUGGCACCUGUCUAUAUGGCCUUCUUAAGGUUUAUGGGUGAUGAUAACGAAGCUAAGAAAUUCAGUUACAGCUUAGAAGUUGGUGGGAAUGGUCGUAAACUGGUAUGGCAAGGGAUUCCCAGGAGCAUCCGUGACAGUCACAGGAAAGUCCGUGACAGCCAGGAUGGGCUUAUUAUUCAAAGGAAUUUGGCUCUCUACUUCUCUGGUGGGGAUAGGCAAGAGCUGAAAUUGAGGGUUACUGGUCGUGUAUGGAAAGAAGAAUGAGAUGGAAAGUUGAUGCUAAGGCUAUUGUACAGUUAACUAAAUUCACGAGGAUGCUAGGGUUUCUCAAUGUGCCAAAGAUGUAGCUUUAGUUAUGCUGAUUGGGGUUUUUCAGUUGUCUUGGUGUUUAUGAUUGAGAUUGGUCUAUGGCAUCUAUCUGAUCAGCUCACUGUUCUAUGGAACAGAUUCCUGUUGACAGUGUAAGAACUGGAUAUUCGGUGUUAAACCGGUGGCUGAGGGAUCUGGGCAGCACCUGCAUGUGCAGUUAACACAUUCUGGAUAUCACCGAACCUGCUGUAAUCUGUUUUGUUAUGUUUUUGUACCACAUGCCCACAUUAAGACAAGAAGAGGGAAAGAUCAACUCUGUCUCCUUGUAUCUCUUACAGAUAUCAAUUGAUGAUACUUUAUUUGGAAACCUGCAAGGUUGACCACCA